UAUUUGAACGUGCGUGCAAUAGUUUUAAACAAAGUUACAUUAUUAAUUAUUGUAAUUCGUGUUUAUUCGUAGGUAUUAGUUUGUUUUAUAUUGUUAUCAAGUUACAAGUGAAGUUAUUUAUAAGGGAAAAAUAUUUAUGUACUCUGUGAAACGGUGCAAUUAGAAAACAGGUUAUUGUGUGCGAUUUAGUACUCGUUUUUCAUUUUUGCAAAAAUAAACUUUAAACAUGAAAGAAAUUCACAAGAAAGAUGAAACAUCAGACGAUGAAGCCGGAUUGGGAUACCAGAACACGUUGAUGUAUGGUCGCUACCAACGCGACCUCAGCGAAGCGGCCAGAGAGGAAGCGAGAAGAUUGAGAAGGAUAAGGAAGAGACGGCGGAAGGAUGACAAGCUGCGCCAGAAGGAGUUGGAAGCGACGGGCAAACACAGACCACGGGGGAAGUUCUUCAAAGUUGUUGGCUACCUGUGGCGGCACACGUUCGCGCGGCUGGGCGAGGACUGGGUGUUCCUGGCGCUGCUCGGCAUCAUCAUGGCGGUCCUCAGCUUCGCCAUGGACAAGGGCAUCGCGGUGUGUAAUAACGCUCGCAUGUGGAUGUACAAGGACCUGGCGACGUCGACGUUCAGUCAGUACGUGGCGUGGGUGUCCCUGCCCGUCUGCCUCAUACUGUUCGCGGCGGGCUUCGUGCAUAUCGUCGCUGCGCAGAGUAUUGGUUCCGGAAUCCCCGAGAUGAAGACGAUCCUACGAGGGGUCCACCUGAAGGAGUACCUGACAUACCGCGCGCUCAUCUCCAAGGUCAUAGGGCUGACUGCCACCCUGGGCUCAGGGCUGCCGCUGGGUAAAGAGGGUCCAUCAGUCCACAUCGCGUCCAUGGUGGCGACUCUCCUGUCGAAGCUGGUGACGACCUUUCAGGGUAUCUACAGCAACGAGUCGCGGACAACGGAGAUGUUGGCCGCCGCCUGCGCUGUCGGUGUCGCCUCGUGCUUCGCCGCGCCUGUUGGAGGUGUGCUGUUCUCUAUAGAAGUAACAACAACUUACUUCGCCGUCCGCAACUAUUGGAGAGGAUUCUUCGCCGCUUGCUGUAGUGCCAUUAUGUUUCGUCUUCUGUCCGUGUGGUCUGGCGCGCUGCCGACGGUCAAGCCGCUUUUCCCCACCAACCUGCCGCAGGACUUUCCCUUCGACCCUCAGGAGUUUGCUGUAUUUGUUCUGUUAGGCAUAGUGUGCGGUCUGAUGGCGGCACUGUGGGUGUUCCUGCAUCGCCAGUACGUGCUGUUCAUGAGGAAUACGAAGUUCCUCAGCAACUUCCUGCAGAAGAACCGCUUCAUCUACCCUGGGUUCAUAACGCUGGCGGUAAUGUCGAUCCUGUUCCCGCCCGGCAUCGGCAAAUACAUGGCCGCCGACCUCGGCAACCAGGAGCAGGUGCUCUCCCUGUUCGCGAACUUCACGUGGUCUGAUGAGCUGACGGCGGAGCAGGCGGCCAUCGUCGACCACUGGAGAACUCCGGAGGUCGACCACUUCGGGUGCCUUGUCAUAUACUUCUUCUCUAUCUUCUUCCUAAGCAUGGUAUCGUGUACUCUACCGGUGCCGGCCGGCAUAUUCGUGCCGGCGUUCAAGAUGGGCGCGUCGCUGGGCCGGCUGACAGGAGAGCUAAUGCACUACUUCUGUCCAGUGGGCGUGGCUUACGGCGGACAUAUACAGAAGAUAUUGCCGGGUGGCUACGCGACGGUUGGUGCGGCGGCGUUCACUGGUGCAGUCACACACACCGUCUCAACUAUCGUCAUCUGUAUUGAGAUGACGGGACAGGUGACUCAUCUUCUACCGAUUAUGGCGGCGGUGCUGGCUGCGAACGCGACAGCGGCGCUGCUGCAGCCGUCGUGCUUCGACAGCAUUAUACUCAUCAAGAAACUGCCCUACCUACCUGACUUGUUGUCGUCUGCUAGCCGUAUGUACGACAUUUGCGUGGAGGACUUUAUGGUGCGCGACGUGAGAUACAUCUGGAACAGAAUGACUUACCAGCAGCUCAAGGACAUACUGAAGGAGAACAAGACUAUCAAGAGCUUCCCCCUAGUAGAUAGUCCAGCGUCCAUGGUGCUCCUGGGUUCCAUUCACCGCUGGGAGCUGGUGAAGGUGAUUGAGAAGCAGGUGGGCCGCUCCCGCCGCCUGCAGGUGGCAGCACUGUGGCAACGAGAGGCCGAGGCCAGAAGACGAGAUGAGGAGAAGAAGCAGAAGACAAGACGACCGUCGCGGUUUGAGGUGACACCAGCGCCGGACAUGCUUCAAGUGCCAGGCUCCGGCAUGACUCGCGGUACCUCGCUGACGUCGCAGGAUCAAGGUGGACUUAUUCCAGCUCCUGGCCAGUUGUUUAGACCAAAAUCUAUUCUGAAGAAGACUAACUCCUUUACACUGAACCGAGGACUAGUGUCGCCCGGUAGCACGCCACAAACGCCACUGGGGCAACAGCCCUCCGUGUAUACAACUGUUACUGGCGCAGAGACCAGAAUUCGAGCAGCAUUUGAGGCGAUAUUCAAGAGAUCUACACUUCUGCCCGACGUGGAGAGCGGCCUGUCAGACCAGCUGGGUGGUCUGCCUAGAAGUCCGUCUAUCAAUAAGAAAGUGCAAUUGCCCCGCGAGCGCGUGUGCGACAUGUCCCCUGAGGACCAAAAGUCGUGGGAGCAGCUCGAGAUGGCGAAGGAGAUCGACUUCGACAGGAUGCUGCAGAUUGCGCGGAAACGUGAACUGGAGAAGGAGGACUCGGAGUACGAGGACGAGGGCAUGUACAUCUGCCACAUCGACCCCGCUCCAUUCCAGCUGGUGGAGAGGACUUCCCUACUGAAGGUCCAUUCGCUAUUCUCAACGCUCGGUGUGAGUCGAGCGUACGUCACAGCUAUCGGCCGUCUCAUAGGCGUCGUAUCACUUAAAGAGCUACGCAAAGCAAUAGAGGACGUGAACUCGGGGGUGCUGACGCCGCUGUCCCGGCCGGCGCCCCCCUCCCCGCUGCCCCCGCUCAUGAUCAACGCGCGCGGCACCGAGCCCGCCCCGCCCAGCGACAGCGACACCGCCCACCUCACCGCCCCCGCCCCCAGGUAAGCGGGAUAACAUUUUGACUAGCCAAAUGUACGAGCAGGAGUGUUCAGUAUUGUUUCACAACUAUAAAGACUAAGGUGCUUCCAAAUUUUCACCGACUUCCAACAAAGGAGGUGGUUAUUAUAGUCACAAAUUGAUGUAAAUAUCGCUCUUAAAGUUGUAGAGUAGGUUAGAACGAAUCGAAUAAUGACGACGGAUCCACGGAUACCUUGCAUUUUUAUCAUACGUAAUUUAGUAAUGAUAGUCGAAAAGUAUUAUACAACUAUGUAUUGACUUGACAUUAUUUAAUGCAAUUACAUGUUUUCCUUUACUAAUGAAAAAAUAUACAAUGUUUUCUCCUUGUCUAUUAAGCGUAUUUUGUAAUGUAGCAGACAAGAUCAAAAGAUUGUAUAGCUGAUGCAUUGCUUAAAUAUUAUUAUUGGUAAGGGCGUUUAGACAAUAGUAUUUUCCAAUGGAAAACUAUUUUGGUUUUGAUUAAAAAGAGAUAAUUCAAUCUGAGAUUCUCUUUUGGGAAUCUGACUUUUUUUUGCCAAAUAUCAAGGCUUGUGAUCAUAAAUUCAUUCCAAAUUUUAAAUUCCUAGGUGAUAAGUUCAUAGUGAGAUGAAAGUCUAAAAGACAUUUAUUUAUUUUAAAAUAUACCGUGCCAUUUUGCCUUUUUGUUUUAAG